AUGCCUUCCUAUCUAUCCCUAGUGACGGCUCUCAGCUUCUUGCUCGUAUUUGGAAACGCUCAAGAUCCAGCUUUACAAGCCACUCCAAUAGCAACAAAUACUGCUAUAUCAACAACUUACUCACAGUCCAAUGUGCCAACAGGCACACCAUUGCCGGGCAACUAUGAUGAUCCGCUUCGUCCACAGGUGCACUUUAGUCCACCUCGAGGAUUCAUGAACGAUCCCAAUGGCAUGUUUGUGGAUGGCAACGGAACAUAUCAUCUCUAUUAUCAGUAUAAUCCCACGGCAAACGUAGCUGGUAACCAACACUGGGGACAUGCUACUAGUGAUGACUUGUACACUUGGACCAAUCAACCCAUUGCUAUCUUCCCCGGUGGUCCCACCGAGGGGGUCUUUUCCGGAUCCGCCGUGGUAGACGUCAACAAUACUUCAGGCUUCUUUCCCAACCAAACAGACGGAGUAGUUGCAAUCUACACGAUCAACGUUCCAGAGAACCAAACACAGCAUAUUGCAUAUUCGUACGACAACGGCUUCUCAUUCAUCAAGUACGAGAAAAACCCCGUCAUCUCACCCGGCGGUACAAACCCUACUCAAUUUCGGGAUCCCAAGGUAAUUUAUUAUGCGCCCACCAAAAGCUGGAUCAUGGUCGUUGCCUACCCUAUUGAUUUCCAAGUCGGCAUCUUCUCUUCCCCCAACCUCAUCGACUGGACACCUGAGAGCAACUUCACACACCACGGCUUGACGGGCCUACAGUACGAGUGUCCUAACCUGGCCGAGAUGCCGGUUGAGGGUGGCUCUGGACAAAUCAAUGAGUCACUCUAUGUCUUGCUCAUUUCCGUAAAUCCUGGCGCGCCGCUGGGUGGAUCGAUAACGGAGUACUUUGUUGGCCAGUUUAAUGGAACGUACUUUGAGACACUAGACUCUACGACCAGACUGACGGACUUUGCAAAGGACCACUACGCCGGCCAAUUCUUUUACGGUAUUCCCGGCAGUGAAGACCAGAUCACUAUCAACUGGGCAAGCAACUGGCAGUACACCAAUGUCGUACCCACCGCGGGUGACGUAUUGGGCGAUGGUUUCCGAAGCGUCAUGACCGUACCUCGCGGUCACUAUCUCAAAGACCUUCCCCGAUUCGGCAUGAGCUUGAUUUCCUACCCACGGGACAUCAUGAGCAUCGUAGAGUCUGAGCUUGCAAUGAAUCACUCUCUCGGAAACGGAACUGUAUUUUUGGACUACUCCAACGUACAAUCAGGGGCACUGUACUUUGAAGCCAACAUCACAGGCCUCACGGGGCCAGAGUCGCUUGAUGGUACGCUUAACUUCACAUUCUCAUCCUCGGUUUCUGGCGAGUCAAUAUCUGGUGGAACCUUCCUCUCAUCUGGAGACGUGUGGUUGGACCGCGGGCAUACAGAUGGCUUUUCCAACCCAUACUUCACGGACAAAUUCUCGGCUACGGGUCUAUAUAAUGAGGCUGUUGGUGCGUGGAAGGUCUCCGGCAUUGUCGAUAGAAGCGUUAUUGAGCUCUUCUUGAACGGUGGGGAGAAAAGUGCGACGAGUGUAUUCUUCCCCACGCAGCCCUUGAAUAUAAUGAUGUUGAAAGUAUCGGGUCUCAACGCAACAGCAACGGCGAGUGUGGGCGUUUGGGCACUAAAGGCCGCAUGGCUUGAUCAAGCGGAUGUUAAUGGAACUGUCGUGGGAAAUGUCACGGGAGGAAAUGGGACGACGAACGCGCCCACCUUGGGGGCGGUAAGACUCUUUUGAGGAUUGAGCCAGUACAUGAAGAAGACAUGAUUAAGGUGAGGCACUCGCGGAUAUUCUUUAGUUGAUACGUGCUCGUU